GUCGCGUAAAAACAUUUGAUGAUUGAAAUUCCAUUCCAACGUUAAAAGAUCCGUCGCCUAGGGUCAUUGUUAAGCUGGGAGUUUAACUUUUCUUUUCAUAAUUCGCUCCUGUGUUGGUUGUAGGGAAUCAGGCAGAAAGAUAUCUUCGUCUUAUAGAGUAUGCUGAAGUCAGGACAUUUCCUCAUUUAGCCAGCAUGUGUUGGAAUUAUUUGCCUGUGGGGGCGUAAAAGCUCUAUCUUCAUCUUCGACGAAGACUGACCAAAAAUGGAUUGGUAUGUUCCAGCUGUCAUUUUCCUGGUGUUUAUCGUGAUCAUUUUAAUUGGCCUUUUGGCUACAUACUAUUGCCUGAAUAAAGAGAUGUGUCCCUGCUCCAAGAUGGAACCUCCCCAGAAAAUCAAGGGCGCUGGAUACGAGGAACUAGGAGAGGAACCAGCAGACACUUCUGAAGAGGAAGAAGGCCACGAGGAAGAAAAAGAUGGAGUCCCUCCCGGGGAGGAUUCCCCAGAGAAGUUGCCAACCUUUGAAAUGAAUGCUGGCGGGGACGAUGUGCAAAAGACUGUCUCUGCAUACGGAGACAUCCAAGUAGAUACGGGACUAAAAGAAGUCGACCAGGUCCCAGUUUUUGGAAGCGUUCAUUUCCAAGUUGAGUACUCAAUUAAUGUGGGGCGUGUAGCCAUCACGAUCUUAGAGGCUCGAGAACUUCCCUCUAAGAGUCGAGGAGGCAGUUCACAUUGCCGCUUCCAUCUUCUAUUGCUCCCAUCAAGACGACAACGCUUCAAGAGCAAGUCACGACCAACGAGGCAUCCAAAAUUCGACGAGAAAUUUGUAUUUGAUCGAGUUUUACAGCAAGACUUAUUUAGAAUGGCCAUAAGAAUCAGGCUUUAUGGACACGACAAACUCGGAAAGGAGAAAGCGAUUGGUGAACACAUACUGCAGCUGGCGGACGUGGCUCAGUCACGUGACAUGAAAAUGGUCGCGUGGAGAGAUCUGCGACCUAAACUUUCAGGAAGUGACACGCCCUAAUUUUUUAGACUUAUUUGAUUUGUGACUGGUGGUAAAAACAAACAGUAGUAUAAGUAUCGAUAAUUGUUCAACUUAUUCUUAAACAGUUUUCUGCCUGAUAACAUUACACAUAAUGGGAUUCCAAGAGAAGAAAAAACUCCUAACAGUCGAUUUUCAGUGAAAAUCAUGAUGUUCGGAGAUAUUCUGAAUUAAUGUUGGGCAAUGGUUACAUUUUGUCGCUGUUUGCAAUUGGCAGACAUCUGUAUGCUACGCUUUGCUUUGGCAAUAAAGCGCAAAUACUUUUGUACGAAAAUUUA